AUGGGCGAAGCACUUUUAGAAGCCUGGUUAAUGUUGUCUCAGAAAGACGUGAGGUAUGAUACAGAAAAACAGGUAGACUGCAUAUUCUUGAACUCCAAAAAGACAUUUGACUUUAUUACGCUCAGUAGAAUAGGACAGAGCGUCGAGGAACAGGCAGGAGAUGCAAUGACUGUCCGUAAACUGGCAUCAGAAUGGGAGAAUUGUAAAGAGUGGGGCUCAGCAAGGCCCGAUGCUAGGACCGGUUCUCUUUCUGAAAUCUCAACAAAGCGUCAGUCACGACCCUUCAGAGGACAGAUGAAGGCUUAUCUUCGAGUACGUAUCACCAGCACGACGCCCACACCUGCUGGAAAACACGAACAGAUUCAAAAGGAUAAUAGUCCCGGAGACAAGGAAAAAGAAACUGCAAAUAGAAUGUUGCUGAUGGUGUUUAAAUUCGUGGUGGAUGGAGGAAACGUCAAGUUAUUGAAGAAGGAAGACAUUGACACCGCUGCACCAGUGACAUCGACAGGGCCAGAGUGUUACUCUACAUCACAUGGGCUGGCCCAAGACUACCUUGGUUGUCUGAGAAAGGGACAGAAACAGAAGAAAAUGCCUGGAACCAGCUCUUAUUCACACCAGACAUCAUCACCCAGGCUUUUGACCGCCAUGUCUCGCUCCUUCCUGGUGGAUUCUCUCAUCUCCCCGCGGGCGCCUGACAGCAGCAGGCGUGGUCCACGCCCAUACAGCCCGCCCACCACCGCCCACCUACCCGCCCUCUUGCCAAUUCACCCCUGCCCGCCGGGUAAACACAGCGAUGUGUUAUCCCUCUACUCCUGCCGAGCCUGCGUGCCUAUCCCGCCCGCCCUCAAACAAGCCAUGGUGCCCACCUUCUCCACAUUUACGCCCACGCUGGGAUCCAGCUUUCCACACACGCCCGCUAGCCUGCCCCACGCCCCUGUUCUACGACCAGUGCCAGUCUCCCUGCCCAUGACCAUGCCUCAUAUGUACGCUCCUCUGUACGCCCCUAGCACGCCCACACGCCCACAGAUUAACACCACCCACACUCCCCCAGAGAAAAAGUCCCCAGUUCAAGCUACAGGAGGGACACGCCCUCGCUCUGAGUCUCCUACAGAUGACAUUCCCUCCUGCAAGAGGAUUCGCACAGCCUUCACCUCGACGCAGCUGCUGGAGUUAGAGAGAGAGUUCUCCUCCAAUAUGUAUCUCAGCCGCCUCCGUAGGAUAGAGAUUGCAACCUAUCUCAACCUCUCUGAGAAGCAGGUGAAAAUCUGGUUUCAAAACCGGCGAGUGAAGUAUAAGAAGGAGGAAGGAGGACACUCCAGGGAGAAGUGUUCCUGUUUGAGGACCUGCACUUCGUCCAGGGCCCGUCCCAAGGGCCUGCAGGGCCCCCAGGGCUGUGAAGGCCGCCCGGACUGCGAGGGCCCCCACGACUCCACCGAAGAGUCACUGCACCAGGAGGAUCAAGUUGCUCCUGGAGCCUUCAACGACCCCAACCACAAAACUGACAACGACUGUGAUAACGACGACCCUCCCAAACACCACCACCAUCCCCACCACAACCGCCACCAUCCCCACCACCACAACCACCACCAUCUACCACCCCAGCGUCAGGACUUACCAGGAAGUCUCCUUCAGGAAGCCUUUCAUACCCUGGAAACCACCAGAGCAGACCUAAGGUCCUCUGACCAGACGAAGCCAAGUAGUGACCACAUGAGGUCCUCUAGCAGAGACCAGGUGAGAGACCAGGUGAGAGACCAGGUGAGAGACCAGGUGAGAGACCCAGUGAGGGUCUCAAACACAGACCAGUCGGGGUCUUGGAAUAAAAAGUCCGAUCUUGAAUCUGACUGCGACAGAGACAGCGGUGAUAAUAUUGACGUGGUUUGA